GAAGAUCUUUUGUCCCCCUUCUCAAGUAUAUAAGGUUGGGGGUCUUCCUCGUUUUCUCAGUCUGAAGACAAGAAGCAUUCGCACUGUUCAAGUCUUCUAGCAAGCCACUACUUCAGAAACGAACAGAAAUGGAAGCGAGCCGGAUGAGUUGGUGUGCCGUGGUGCUCGGAUGGAGCCUCUUCGUCUUGGAGUUCGGAGGGGGAGCGAGGGCGAUCCAGCCGGUGAGAAGUCACGAGGAGAUUCUGCGCUUGUUGGGGGUCAGGAGGACCGUCAUCAUAAGAGAUUGUCCCCCUUGCCACGGCGAAUGGGAUCCCCUCUGCGGCUCCGACGGGAAGACCUACUACAACGGGCAAUGCAUGCGAAGCAUCUCGUGUCGCCGGGGGAGGGACGUGGGGGUCCUUCACUUCGGGCCUUGCACCUUCGAGCUGGCCGUCUCGGGUCGGUCGCCGAGAUCCCCUCAGGAGGUGGAUCCCAUCGACGAUGAUUGCCCGGUGCCGGUGACGUGCGGGGACAAGGCGGAGUUCGUCUGCGCCUCCAACGGGAAGACCUUUCGAAACAGAUGCAUCAUGGAGUCCUGGGCGUGUCACAACAACGAGGUCAUUCACGCGGUGCAUUCGGGGCCGUGCAGUCGGAACAAGAGGGCCAUCGACGAACGUUGUCCGAUGUGCUCGAGGGACUACAAUCCGGUCUGCGGGAGCGACGGCGUCGAGUACAGCAAUCCCUGCAUGCUGCGGUACACGGCGUGCACCGAGCAUCGUCGCAUCAAUUUCGCUGCUUGGAGGGAGUGCUGAGAUUCUUGGGAGAUGAUUGGUGAAUUUCCUGGGACCACCUUUUUUUCCCUUCAAAUUACGCUUCGAUGCCGAUGGUGUUUUGAUUUUUGCUUUUUCGUGGGAAUUGUGAGAUAAACCAAUAAAAACGGUUCAUGGG